AUGAGAGAAAUUGUUCACGUGCAAGCCGGUCAGUGCGGAAACCAAAUUGGAGCCAAGUUUUGGGAAGUUAUUUCGGAUGAACACGGCAUCGAUCCUACCGGAACCUACCACGGAGACUCCGACCUGCAGCUAGAAAGAAUUAACGUCUAUUACAAUGAGGCCACAGGGGGAAAAUACGUUCCAAGGGCUGUGCUGGUGGACUUGGAGCCCGGAACUAUGGAUUCCGUGCGGUCUGGGCCUUUUGGUCAGAUUUUCCGACCGGAUAACUUCGUCUUUGGUCAGUCGGGAGCAGGUAACAAUUGGGCGAAAGGUCACUACACCGAGGGAGCUGAGCUGGUCGACUCCGUUCUGGAUGUCGUACGAAAAGAGUCAGAGAGUUGUGACUGCCUUCAAGGGUUCCAACUUACUCACUCCUUAGGAGGUGGAACCGGAUCCGGCAUGGGAACCUUAUUGAUCUCCAAGAUUCGAGAGGAGUAUCCGGAUCGAAUCAUGAACACUUUCUCGGUCGUUCCUUCCCCAAAAGUUUCCGACACUGUCGUAGAACCAUACAACGCAACAUUAUCAAUUCAUCAACUGGUUGAAAACACGGAUGAAACAUUCUGCAUUGAUAACGAAGCGCUGUACGACAUCUGCUUUCGAACACUGAAAUUAACGACUCCAACUUACGGCGAUUUGAAUCAUUUGGUCUCGGCAACAAUGAGUGGUGUCACAACUUGCCUUAGGUUCCCAGGUCAAUUGAACGCUGAUUUAAGAAAACUUGCGGUAAACAUGGUUCCCUUCCCACGUUUGCAUUUCUUUAUUCCUGGUUUUGCCCCUUUAACAUCACGCGGGUCGCAGCAAUACCGAGCUUUGACGGUCCCAGAGCUGACUCAACAAAUGUUUGACGCAAAAAACAUGAUGGCUGCUUGUGAUCCGCGACACGGCAGGUACUUGACUGUCGCUGCGAUGUUCCGAGGUCGUAUGUCAAUGAAAGAAGUGGACGAACAAAUGUUGAAUGUACAGAACAAAAAUAGCAGUUACUUUGUUGAAUGGAUCCCGAAUAACAUAAAGACUGCGGUCUGUGACAUCCCGCCUAGGGGUCUUAAGAUGUCGGCGACGUUCAUAGGCAACAGUACCUCAAUUCAGGAGUUGUUCAAGCGAAUAAGCGAGCAGUUCACGGCUAUGUUCCGUAGGAAAGCUUUUUUACAUUGGUAUACAGGAGAAGGUAUGGACGAAAUGGAGUUCACUGAAGCCGAGAGUAAUAUGAAUGACUUGGUAUCUGAGUAUCAGCAGUACCAAGAUGCCACCGCCGAAGAAGAAGGCGAGUUCGAAGAAGAAGAAGAGGAAGAGGGAUAA